AAAGAGACUCUCUUCCUCGCUUCCCCUCUCCUCUGUUCGCUCCCCCAAAUCCCUCCUAGGGUUUUACAAUCCCCUCCGGCCUCCGCCAAGGUUCGCCCGCGCGCCCGUCCUCGCCCCACCACCAUGACGGUCGCCGAGCUUCUCCGCGCCCAGCUCGAGGAGCAGAGGAUCGAGGGAGAUGAGCCUAUCCUUGAGGAGGAGGAUGACGAUGAUGAAGACGAUGACGAGGAUGAGGAUGAAAAAGAUGACGAUCGCGUUGAGGGUGGUGAUGCUGGUGGAAGUUCUAGGCAGAGUAGGAGUGAGAAGAAGAGCAGAAAAGCCAUGGAGAAGCUUGACAUGAAGGCCAUUACUGGUGUGAGCCGUGUAACUAUCAAGAAGAGCAAGAACGUUGUGUAUGUCCUCUCCAAGCCAGACGUCUUCAAGAGCUCGCAGUCAGACACCUACGUCAUGUUCGGGGAGAUCAAGGUCGAGGACCCGAGCACUGAGCUGCAGACACAAGCGGCGGAACAGUUCAAGGCACCAGGCCUGAGCAGUGUGGUCUCAAAGGGCGAGCCGUCCGUGGCAGCAGCCCAGGACGAUGAGGAGGUCGACGACACUGAUGUUGACAAGAAGGACGUCGAGCUCGUGAUGAGGCAGGCCUCCGUGUCGAGAUCCAGGGCCGUGAAGGCACUCAAGGCUGCGGAUGGCGACAUUGUCAGUGCUAUCAUGGAGUUGACUAACUAGGUGCUAGAAGGUGGAAUUGUGUCUUGAUAACAGGGUGUGGGAUCGCAGAGCAGUUUUUGGUCAUGUCAUCUUUAAACUUGAAUGUUGCAGUCGCGGGAUUGGUAGCUCUGUUUCUCUGUUCACCAAACUAGUACUCUCAUGUAGGUUCCCUAGGAGUUUUAACAUGCGAGGAUCAGCAAACUGCAUGCUCUUUUAGGUAAUAUCUGUCAUUCGAGUUAGCUUUUACUAGAUUCGGUUAAACAGUUUGCCUUGCCACAUGGACCACAAUAAUCAUUCAGUUUUGCUGCCGCGA